CAUUUCACCCUUUGCACAUCACUUUCUCUUACUACAAUCUUCAAAAAGAAGGAGAGAGAAUUAGUUUUCUUGUGAUGAUGACUGGUUUGGCAAGAGUCUCUCUACCCCGUAACAACAAUCUGAACCACCGUUUUCUCAGCUCUGCACCACCACCAAAACCACUACUUAAGGCUGUCGGAACUCCUCUUCUCCACAUCUCUUCUUACGGCGGAUAUGCUGACAGAGUCCUUCCUUACUGUCCUCUCCAAGCCAAGUACGACUACUCGUGGAUCUCACCUGUUGAAGAAAUGAGAAAGGAGCAGCCAUUGUAUGAUACCUCAAGUGAUGAUUCUGGUGAUGAAUCGGAAGCUGAUGAGCAGAAGAAGAAGAAGUGGGUCUUUAUCAAGCAUGACGAAGAUGCUAUGUACUUGAAAAUGGAAAUGCCAGGGGUAGGCAAAGAAGAUGUCAAGAUCUAUAUAGAGGGAAGCAUUCGCACUUACGAGCUGUGUGUAAAGGGAAUCAGGAAGUUGGACUCUAAGUUUGACGAUGAAAAGACCUGCCAUAAAUCAUAUGAGUGUCGGGUCAGCUUGAUGCCAAUUCUUAAAUACAGGGCUGAUAUGAUCAAGGCAGAAAUGGUGAAUGGAGUGCUUAAGGUUACUAUUCCUAAGGUCAAGAUUGAGGAGAGGAUGGACAUUGACUUCGUUCCAGUUAACUGAUCGAUGCGAUUGUUAGUGUGUUUCGGAAUUACAGGGUUCAUGGAGGACUUGUCUAGCUUUUUGGUAAUACAUACGAGUGAAUUUUAAUCAUGUUAGUUGUGUUAAGCUCUUGCUUUUGCUGGAAAAAAACUUGAGUUGUUUACUGUUUUUCAUUGUGGGUGUUUUGUUGUUGUGGUUGUGAAUAUUAAUUGGUUCUCGAUCAAUUUGAAGUACAGUUCGAUCAACAAAGUUAUGUUGUUUGUCA